AUGUACGGCAAAGAAAAAGACGACCACAACGACAAAGACAACACCGACCCGCGGUUCAUCACCUACUUCCACAACCUACCCAAGAAAUCUCCCGACACUGGGACACUGCGGCUGUUCUCCAGGGAGGAUUGGUAUGCGGCGUACGGCCCUGAUGCGCUGUAUGUCGCGCAGAACGUCUUUCAUACCAAUUCGGUUAUCAAGUACCUUGGGGCGGGGGGCAAGUUGGGACUGCCAAGUGUGACGCUGAAGACGAGUCAGGCGCAUGCGCUGUUGAGGGAUGCGUUGACGUCGAAACAGCUGAGGGUGGAGAUAUAUGCGCCUGAAACUGGCUCUGGGAAGAAAGGGACGACGUUUAAAUUGGACAAGGAGGCCUCGCCGGGAAACCUGCAAGCCGUCGAAGACCUCUUGUUCUCGAAUUCAGAUGUUAUUUCUGCCCCGAUUGUCAUGGCUGUCAAGUUAGCGACCGCACCAAUGGACAGGGCGCGACUGAGGGCUGUAGGUGUCGCGUUUGCAGACACGAGUGGUCGGGAAUUGGGCGUGGCAGACUUUACGGACAAUGAUCUAUUCUCAAACUUGGAGUCGCUGGUGAUUCAACUGUCUGUGAAGGAGGCUAUUAUCCCAACUGGAACGGCAAGCGGGACGACCGACCGCGACAUCGACCUCAACAAAUUAAAAGCGGUGUUGGAUCGCUGCAAUGUCAUUAUCACCGAACGCAAACCAAGCGAGUUCAAUGUCAAAAAUCUCAGCAGCGAUCUCCCACUUCUCCUCAAACCAUCGGCCAUGCAAUCAAGCUCUUCAGCUGACAUCGCUGCUGUUAUUCCGCAACUUAGCCUGCCUAAUGCCCCUGGCGCGCUUUCUGCGCUAAUCAACUAUUUGGCACUGCUGGGAGAUCAAAGCAACCACGGAGCGUACUCUAUCCGCACGCACGACCUUUCCCAGUUUAUGCGUCUCGAUGCUAGUGCUCUUCGCGCUCUUAACCUUGUCGAAGGUCCUGGAAAGCUUGGUUCGAGCAAAACCACGACGAUAUUCGGCAUCUUGAAUAGGUGCAAGACUGCACAGGGUGGCAGGUUGCUUGGUACAUGGCUCAAGCAACCUCUAGUUAACCUUCAUGAAAUCCAUAAGCGUCAAAAUUUGGUUGAGAUUUUCGUAGACGACACCAACAGUCGGAGGACGUUGCGAGAUGAAUACCUCAAAUUCAUGCCUGACCUGAACAGAAUCUACAAGCGGUUCCAGAAAGGAGUGGCGACGCUUGAGGAUGUCGUCCGCGUGUAUCAGGUCGUUCUCAAGCUUCCUGGGAUGGUUGAGACCCUGGAGUCUGUUCAGGCUGAAGAUGAAGCCAAGCUCGAGCUGGUAAAAGAAGUCUUUGCUACGACAUACAAGGAAGCGGCUGGAAGUCUGGCCAAAUACGGCGAGAUGGUCGAGGAGACCAUCGACCUGGACGAGCUUGACAACCACAACUAUGUCAUCAAACCAGACUACGAUGCGAAACUUCAAGAAUUGGCCGAACAGUUGAAAGAUGUCCGUGAUGGUUUGGACGCUGAACAUCGAAAGGUUGGAAAUGCCACGGACAUGGAGUUGGACAAAAAGUUGCAUUUGGAGAACAAUGCGACUUAUGGGUAUUGCUUCAGGUUGACCAAGGCUGACGCCAAGAAGGUCGAUAUGGACAAGUACAUUGAAUAUGCAACGACGAAGAGUGGUGUCCAUUUCGCGACCAGAAAACUCAAGGAGCUGGCUGUGCAAUUCAAGGAGCUCUCGGCUUUGUAUUCGAAGACUCAGACUGGCGUUGUUAAGCAGGUGGUUCAGAUUGCUGCAACUUAUGGGCCUGUGUUUGAGAAUCUAAACGAUAUCUUGGCGCAUUUGGAUGUGAUUUUGAGUUUCGCUGAGGUCGCUGUGAACGCCCCGACACCUUAUGUCAAACCAAAGGUCGUGCAAAAAGAUUCGGGCAGUUUGAUUCUAGAGGAGGCGAGGCAUCCUUGUCUCGAGGUUCAAGAGGGGAUCAACUUCAUUCCCAAUAACGUCGAGAUGAUCAAGAAUAAAAGCGAAUUCCAGAUUAUCACUGGGCCGAACAUGGGUGGAAAAUCUACCUAUAUUCGCCAGGUCGGCGUCAUUGCGCUCAUGGCACAGGUCGGGUCCUUCGUGCCUUGCUCUGAAGCCGAACUUCCUGUCUUCGACUCGAUCCUGUGUCGUGUGGGUGCUGGAGACAGCCAGCUGAAGGGCGUGUCGACUUUUAUGGCCGAGAUGUUGGAGACUGCGACUAUUUUGAGGUCUGCGACCAAGAAUUCCCUGAUCAUUAUCGACGAGCUCGGCCGUGGAACGUCAACUUAUGAUGGCUUCGGACUCGCGUGGGCGAUUUCAGAACAUAUCGCCUCCGAAAUCCAUGCUUUCUGCUUAUUCGCGACUCACUUCCACGAACUAACCAAUCUGGACCAGCAAAUACCUCACGUGAAGAACUUCCAUGUCGUUGCGCAUGUCAACAAGGACGCUGGUGGGGAAAGCGCUAGCAAGGACAAUAUCGUCCUGUUGUACCGCGUCGAGCCCGGAGUUUCGGAUCAGAGCUUUGGUAUUCACGUCGCAGAGCUGGCCAACUUCCCGGAAGACGUUGUGAAGCUUGCGAGGAAGAAUGCGGAGGAAUUGGAAGAGUUCAAAGCGACAGAAGAUAAGGGCCAGCAAGAGUUCCCACCUGAAGUCAUUGAUUCGGGUAUCGAGACAAUGAAGUCUUUCUUUGAAGCUUGGACUGGACAGACGGCUUCGGCCGAUGGUGACGUCGAUAUGGAUGUAGAUGAAGAUGAUACUGAAGCUCAAUUGAAAGCGCUCAGAGAGAACCUUGCUAAGUUCCAGCCCCAAAUUGAGGGGAAUCCUUGGUUGCAGAGUCUUGUUGCUUCGUUCUAG